AGCGGCGCGGGGGGCGGGCCGAGGCGCGGCCGCACGGCGCCAUCUCAGCGCGCCCGGGGCGGCCGCGGGCAUGGGAGGCGCUGGCUGGCACUGGGCGCUGCGCGCCGCCCGCCUCCUGCCCGGCGCCGGCGGCGGGAGGGCUCCGGCGGCACGGCGGGGCGGCCCGGGCUGCGCGCCCGCCGCUUGCGCCGCUCCGUCCGCCGGCUCCGCGUCCUCAAGCUCUGGGGAUGAGGCUCUGAGGGACAGACGUGCUCGGAUCCUGUCACGAGGGCUGCCAAAGCAGAAGCCCAUAGAAGGAGUUAAGCAGGUGGUGGUUGUGGCUUCUGGAAAAGGGGGAGUUGGAAAAUCAACAACAGCAGUAAAUAUAGCCCUCGCCCUAGCAGCAAAUGAUUCGGCAAAAGAAGUUGGUUUGCUUGAUGCAGACAUAUAUGGACCUUCAAUUCCAAAGAUGAUGAACUUAAAAGGAAACCCAGAAUUAACACCAAAAAAUCUAAUGAGGCCCCUUAAGAACUAUGGAAUCUCAUGCAUGUCUAUGGGUUUCUUGAUAGAAGAGACUGCCCCAGUUGUGUGGAGAGGGCUCAUGGUAAUGUCAGCUGUUGAAAAAUUGUUGCGACAGGUUGACUGGGGUCAGCUGGACUAUUUAGUGAUUGACAUGCCACCUGGGACUGGAGAUGUACAGCUGUCAGUAUCACAGAAUAUUCCAAUUGCAGGAGCUGUGAUUGUCUCCACUCCACAAGACGUGGCUUUAUUGGAUGCACACAAAGGAGCUGAAAUGUUUAGAAAAGUCCAUGUACCUGUUUUAGGACUGGUUCAAAAUAUGAGUGUUUUCCAAUGUCCCAAAUGUAAGCAUGAGACACACAUUUUUGGAACUGAUGGCGUAAAAGAUCUGGCAAAAACCCUUGGAUUGGAUAUUUUGGGAGACGUUCCACUGCACGUCAAUAUACGGGAGACGUGUGAUUCAGGACAGCCUGUUGUGGUCUCUCAGCCCCAAAGUGAUGCUGCUAAAGCCUAUCUAAAGAUAGCAAUGGAAAUAUUAAGAAGACUACCAGUACCUCCUGCUUGAAGCAUUUACCACUGAAAUUUAGCAAAAGAGUGAUCUUUGAUGCAGCCAGUGCAGAAGAGCCCUAUUACCUGAAUACAUGGGGGCCAUGUGUUAGUUCUAAGAACUUCUUUAGGAAUUAAUUUACCAGAGGUUCAAUUAUGAUUGUGAUAAUUACUGUUUUUAACAUCACUGUUUGGCCUUGUCCAAAAGGAUUCAAGUAUGCAAGAUAGAUGAUAGACAAUAUUUAACUGCUGAAUUGUAACAUCAUCAAGCAAGAAAGGAUGAAGAACAUUUUUUCUGUGUGCCCUACUUUAAAGUCAAGAAUGAAAAACAGACUCUCCAUGCAAGGAGAACGAUGGUAUGCCAAGACAUAAAUUUAAUUUUUUUAUGCAGGAUUUUCAAUAUUCUAAUUUCCUUCCGUUUUUGUUCAGAUUUUUACAUGGUUAGCUAUCAAACUGACCUUAAGUUCUGCAAGAUUUUAAGAAGCAAAAUCAGUUCUGUAACUGCUGUACUUUUCUGUGUUCAUCUUAAAAGAUUUAAAAAUUCCACAUAUACUCUGAAGAGUUCUUGUGAUGCAUGAUGAACAAAUUCAUUCAUUAUCGGAUAAAGUUCGAUCGUGAGGCAAUUCACAAUUUAGUUGAGAAUGGAUUACGUGACCCUGAGGCUUAUUUCUUGACUGUUUUACAUUAUAAUGAACCCAGACAGAAGACAAGGUAACAGAGGUCUUCACUGAAAACCAGAUGUUUUUCCUGAGCUCUGUUUGCCACAGAAUGCAAAUGAUCAAGAUAAAUUAAAUUUAUGAUUGCAUAUUCCUACUACAAUGCAGCAACUUGGAAUUUGAAUAUAAAGAUGUAUUUUUGAAGUAAAGAAAUAUUUGGUCUUCAAA